AUGAACGCAAGAAUCGUCGCUAGCCCUAAUUACUCGCCAAACUCGCAUAAAUUUCUAGAGUUACCUCCAGAAAUUUAUGAGCUUUAUGAAAAUCCAAGUCAGAAUGAAAACGCCUAUCUUUACAUAAAGGGAUCGUCCAAAGACCACGCAUAUCUUUGCACAAGAAAUAAAACGUAUCAUGUUCGAAAACAACUUCAUUCCAACUCUUUAUUACUAUUGAAACCUGCUAUUAGUCUAGAAACUAGCACAGACACGAAUAUGGAUAUGGAAAUAGAACAAGAAGUGCGCGAACUCGAAAUAACUGACAUUAUACAUUCAGUGUACGAGUUAAUACUAUGUAUACCUAACCUUGAAAAAUUGAAAGAUUUGCUUGGAACAACACCAUAUAAAGGCCCCGAGGAAGAAAAGAGGUACAAGGGAGAAAAAUUCUAUUCUUGGGAAGAACUUGAUGAUUUGUUACAAGCUAGCGAAGAAGAAAUUAAAUGUGCACUCGAAAAGCAUUAUGCUUUAGAGGUUGAUGGCUACUGGAGAUUUGUGGAAACCCAAUACCUUUACGACGUAUUAGUUCUUAUUCUCUCAGCCGCAAACAUUGAGAACAUGUCACUGGAAAACAUGUCUUUUUCAAGAUGCGCCGAAGCACUUGCUGAUGAUGGUAUUCCUUCCUUUAUCACUAAGCAUUGUCUGACCUGUUUUGCGGACGUAAUUGAUUAUAGUAAUCGUCUUGAUCCUAUUGUCAAAUUAUCAAAGGAUAAAAUAUGUAGCUUUAUUGGAUUGCACUUGUUGAGAACAGAAGGAAAAGCAUGGAUAUAUUCCGACUUUAUAGCUAAUUGGGUAAUAAAGAUACCUGAUCAGUGGGAAUCGAUAUUAUCAUUUGACCUCCUAAAGGGAAACGCAAUCAAAGAAUACAAUCAACAAAAGGAAUGCGAAUAUAUAGAGCUAUUUGCCGCUUCUGACUUAUCAACUGAUCCUGAAAAACGUUUUCGGGAACUCUUUACGUUUCGAUCUCGAUGGACCUUAGACGAUAUCAGGCCAUUCCUUGACGAUAUUGUCGAUGACUCUUUUCAGAAGCUUGAAGAUCUUUUGCCAAAAUAUACUAAGCAACUAAAAGAUGAAAACGGACAAACUUUAUAUCAAUUGAAAACCACAUAUUUUCAGUAG